AUGAUUCCGUUCAAGACACGUUCUGACGUUGGGGGCGUGUACGCACUCUCGUGGGCGUUUUUGAACCUCUGGUGUAACCCUCCCUGGUAUGACCUCGAGAGGGUCUUCCUCAAGGUCGUCGCCGACAGAGCGCGUGGUAUUACCAUCUGCUGUCCUUAUAUGCCCAAGGCCGAUUGGUUCCUUCUAGUGCCGGACCUACUCCUAGCCCAGAGCACGGCUUCCUUCAGCAGCCUCACCGUACACAGGUAUUUCCACGCCGAUUUUGCACACUUCCCGAAAGCACCGGACGGCAAGGGAUUAGUCCUGAUCGCAGUCUGUGAAGCCGCCGGCAUGGUGUUUGUCCGCCCUUCAUCGACGAAAUCGGGCGCCCAGUGUAUUGACUUCGUCUGUGAACAACUGUUCCCGUGGGGUGUCCCUACGGAGUUUACACCACACUUCACUGGGGUUGACCAGCAUCAAGGUAACGGCCAGGCGGAGGUCAUGGUCAAUAUACUCAAGGCGUGGGUGUACAAGGCACGAAUCCCUACAGAUCAGGUGUGUUGGGUUCGCCUUGUUCACGCAUUUGCGCAAUCUUACAACGCGCUGGUGUCCUCCGUCACGGACGCAGCACCCUACCCUAAGGCGACUGGCCGGCCUUACUCUGGCCCUCAACUCCCUAUGUUGGAAGACCGCGUGUUGCACUUGCUUGAAUCCAAGGCCGGUGAGCCAGAGAUCCUCGCGUUGGAUCUUAGUGAAGCCUUCACUGCCCAUGCGCAGGAGGCCCAGAAAGCAGCUGCGGACAAGCUCCGCCUGGACGUGCCGCCAUUACGCGAAGGCCAGCAGGUAAUGUCUAUGGCACAGUUCCGCCGCCAUACGCUUCGUGAUCAAACUACGGACAAGGAACUCACGCGCCAUCGCGCGCAGUUGAAGAAGUAUUUUCCCCGCAUUGUGGACGGACACUCUAGGUGCAUACGAGCAGUGGCUGUUUUGUGA